AUGUGCCCGCCUCUUCGUCCUAACCCUUACAUUUUUCCCGCCACACCAACGACCAAACCAUACACGAACGCCAUUACUGAAAAUGUCAACGUACCCAUAAAUCAGAGUUAUUCUUUAUCGCCGGCGGGAACCACUUGUGGACGGAUAAAAUUUACUGUUUGUAAGUACCAAGACGUAUCUUUCUUCCUGCCCCCUACUUCUCUAUCACUCUCUGUUCCUCUUUCUCGCUCUUUCUCUCUAUAUACGAGUUUCUCCCUCCCCCUUCUCUAUCACUCUCUGUUCCUCUUUCUCGCUCUUUCUCUCUAUAUACAGAGUUUCUCUCCUCCCCUUCUCUAUCACUCUCUGUUUCUCUUUCUCGCUCUUUCUCUCUAUAUACGAGUUUCUCUCCCUCCCCCCUUCUCUAUCACUCUCUGUUCCUCUUUCUCGCUCUUUCUCUCUAUAUACGAGUUUCUCUCCUCCCCCUUCUCUAUCACUCUCUUUCCUCUUUCUCGCUCUUUCUCUCUAUAUACGAGUUUCUCUCCCUCCCCCUUCUCUAUCACUCUCUGUUCCUCUUUCUCGCUCUUUCUCUCUCUAUAUACGAGUUUCUCUCCCUCCCCCUUCUCUAUCACUCUCUGUUCCUCUUUCUCGCUCUUUCUCUCUAUACACGAGUUUCUCUCCUCCCCUUCUCUAUCACUCUCUGUUCCUAUUUCUCGCUCUUUCUCUCUAUACACGAGUUUCUCUCCCUCCCCCCUUCUCUAUCACUCUCUGUUCCUCUUUCUCGCUCUUUCUCUCUAUAUACGAGUUUCUCUCCCUCCCCCCUUCUCUAUCACUCUCUGUUCCUCUUUCUCGCUCUUUCUCUCUAUAUACGAGUUUCUCUCCCCGCCCCCUUCUCUCUCUCUCUUUAUCAGUCUAUCCAUGUCUUUUUCUUUACUCUCUCUCUCUCUAAAACCGUAA